UUCUCGGCCACGGCCUUCGGGACCACGCACUGGUGCGAGGGGACGCAGCGGGUGCCCAAGCCCACCUGCGGGCCCCACAAGCGCACCAACUGCCUCGACUACGGCUACGAGGACGCCGACGACGCCGGCAACCGGACGGCGGGCAACGGCACCCGCCCGCCCGGGGCCCCCUCCAACGUGGUCCACUACAGCUGGGAGACGGGCGACGACCGCUUCCUCUUCCGCUACUUCCACGCCGGCAUCUGGUACUCGUGCGAGGAGAACAUCAACACCCCCGGUGAAAAAUGCCGGAGUUUCAUUGAUCUGGCCCCAGCGUCGGAGAAAGGGGUUCUGUGGCUCUCCGUGGUCUCCGAGGUGCUCUACAUCGCACUCCUGGUGGUGGGCUUCAGCCUCAUGUGCCUUGAGCUUCUGCACUCCAACAAUGUGAUCGGUGGGCUCAAGCUGAACGCCUUCGCCGCGGUCUUCACCGUGUUGUCCGGGCUCUUGGGGAUGGUUGCCCACAUGAUGUACACACAAGUGUUCCAGGUGACGGUCAGCCUUGGCCCAGAAGACUGGAGGCCUCACUCGUGGGACUACGGCUGGUCUUUCUGCCUGGCCUGGGGCUCCUUCACCUGCUGCAUGGCGGCCUCCGUCACCACCCUCAACUCCUACACCAAGACCGUCAUCGAGUUCCGGCACAAGCGCAAAGUCUUCGAGCAGGCCUUCCAGGAGGACCCCUUCUACGCCGACCAUGAGCCCCUCAAGUACUUCCCCGGACGGAAUGCUCAACACCCAGCUGUGAAGUCCCAGAGGAGCCCGGGUGGCCCGAAUGGCCCGAGGCGGCUCUCCUUGGUCCCCUCCAGCUCUCCCACCAACACGGCCAGCUCCUCUUCGCUCCCCUCCGAGCCCACCAGCCCUUUCUCUUCCCCAGAAGCCAGGCUGGCCGUCGCCAUGGCCGCAUCCGCUCCCCAGCAAGCGGCCACCCCCAGGCCAGGGGAGCCCCUCCAUGCGAGCGUGCAGCCGGGCGCCCUGGGAUCCGCGGCUCCCCAUCACCCACGGUUCCCAAGGCCGGCGUGCCACCAGGCCACUGCAAGGCCCAACCGGGAAUGGGGACCGGAGAAUCGGGUGUUCCGCCCCACCCUGCCGCCCCACAGGAGCCCUCCCACCAGGCGACAACACCCGGCCGCUGCUUUGGGGGGCCCACAUGCCCACCUCACAUGUGCUGGCAGCACCUCCGAGGCUGACAAAUGCGCCAGGCUGGCAGGCAAGAACUUGGAAGUGGAUCAGGAAGAAGGAAGCGGAAAGAGCAGAGAUUUUGUGACCCGGCAAGAGUUCUUGGCCAUGGAGAAGGAACUGGAGGAGGUCCGUGAGGAGCUGAAGUGCCUGCGGUGGAAGGUGCAGCACAUCGGAGUAACGGUCCAGCCUCUGGCCGAGGAGAGCAAGCGCUACAACGGCCACACCCUGAUGGAGCUGAAGGCCAUGGUCCAGUCGGAGGAGGACCCGUACAAGGCAGCCCACAAGAUCCUCCUGGCCCUCUUCAGCGACGUCUACCUGCCACCGCCGCCCCCCUCCCUCUCGCCCGAACAGGCUUCCAACUCCAAAGCCCUCCCUAAGCCCAACAUUGACCCUGAACUGUACACGGUCUACUGUGACAUCCUGCAGAGCAUCUUCCCCGGGAUUGGCAGCCAUGCCCUGAAAGAGAGGACACCCUCUGUGUAGAAGGGAAGCUGGAGGACCGGGGAGCCCUCUGACCUUGGCCCCUCCUCCUGGUCAAGGGGCCAAACCGACCUGGUUCCUUCCUUCCUUCCUUCCUUCCUUCCUUCCGUCCUUCCCUCCCUUCCCACCUGCUACAGGACGGUGCCGGCUGGGCCUGUUGGCUCCAUUCCUACCGACAAUGGGAGGGAGCCAGCAAUCAGCAGGCAGAGCUGGCUUGUGCCAACUCUGAGUGCGCAGCGCACUGCAAGACUGGGUUUUAAAAAGGUUGCUUUUUAAAAAGAGAAAAAGAAAUACAACAAUGGUUGUUUUUAAAGCUGGUUGCAGAGCUCUUGAGAUUUAGCCCGCACCUCUCAGCUUUAUUACACAGUCUUAAGGAUUCAAAGCCCUGGAUUCCUCUGAUGCCAGCCACUGCAUCAGCCAGGUGCCUCCUGGUCGGGGAAAUCAUUCUGGCAAGCAGUGGCUUAGCGGCAACCGCUGGUGGCUUGUAGGGACGAGGCUGCCACGUUCUGCACAGAGGGGCAUGGGCUGGCGGGGCAGCCCCCCUGCCCAGACCGACCACCUUCAGGCGUGAGGAAGCCCCUUCUCAGAAGAGGCUGCUGGGCAGCAAAGGAGAGGCAGCCUCUGUCGGGUGACCUUGGGCAGGCCGAGGGCUGUGGGUGAGCCUGCCGGCUUCUCCCCCUCCCUUCUCUGGCUGGAGAGCCCAUCGGCUGGUUAUAGCUCACGGCACCCAUUUCAUUUUCCUGGCAGCUCUAAGUGGGAUAAAUAUCCCCAGUAAUAGCAGCCUCCACUGCUACCCUCCUCCACCGCCACGUUAUGACCAUGCCUGCUCUCUCUUCUGGUAAUGAAAAUGUCAGCUUGAUUCAUUUCCCUCAAGGUUGAGCGGCUGGAGGCUGGAAAGAGAGAAGGGGCCCCUUUGGGCAAGGUCUCCCUCCUUGGGGGGGGCAGCAGCAAACGGCCUUCCCUUCCAGGCCUUUGUGCCCAGUCCUGCUCCCUUCUACACACAGGUAUCCCUUCCCCCCACCCAACCCUCUGCAAAGGCGAUGGGCAGCAUCAGCAGGAAGGGUCGACUGAAAGAGGGCGAAAGGAAGACGGUUCAGGAUUGGGCCUCCAUCAAGCUCCCAGGAACUCUCCCAUGGCUGUCUGGAGUUUCCUCCUUAUUUCCCCCCCACACACCCCUGGGCUGUUGGUUGUUCUUUUUUUCUUUGGGGGGGGAGCUACUCCCUGUUCUGGACAAUUUCUACGACAAAGCAGGUGCGCUUGAAUCUUGCGGGUGGGGGGAUGUCCCAUCCCACCCGCAAUUGGGCAGCUGAGGAAUUGCGAGCACCCUGAGAUUGAGACUCCUGGGCUGAGCAGGUCAGACGUCCCUGCAGAAUUCAGGUUCCAAACAGAACCUGCAGAGCCCACGAGUCCUUUCGUUCUCCCCCUGAGUUCUUGCCCUUGGCACAUGCGCACCCACCCGGGUUCCUUCCCUUUUCCCUUCCUGCUAUUUCUGCCUUUAAAACAGCAAGACCCUUCCCCCUUGGCUGCUCCUAAAGAGCUGAAAGGUAUCCAAAGGUCCACUUGGGAAUCCUCAUCUAACUGCUGCUCAGCCCUGCUGCAGAAGCACUUAGGCUUUUUGUGAGGGGCAGCGGGAAGCAGGCCAAGGAGGUCAAUGACAUGGCCCUUACAGCUUCCUGGGAAUGACCCUUAACUGUCUCCCGGGACUGCAGGACACAGACACCUACAGUGCAAGGGAUCCCGGGCAUUUCUGAGACCAGAUUUGGCUGCUGUGCAAGGCCACGGGUCUUCAGAACAGGUCCACCAGUGGAAGAAGGAGGAGGAGGUGGGGGAGCAAUGGGGAGACAGAAAUGUCAUGGG